AUGGUCAGAAAACUCAAGUACCACGAACAAAAACUCCUCAAGAAAGUCGAUUUCUUGAAUUGGAAACAAGAUGCAAAUCUACGCGAAAUAAAAGUCAUGCGGAGGUACCAUAUCCAAAACCGCGAAGACUACACAAAAUACAACAAGCUAUGUGGUUCGCUGCGAUCCUUCGCCCACCGAAUAUCCUUGCUCCCCGCCCAAGAUCCAUUUCGCGCAAGAAUGGAGGCCCAACUUCUCUCCAAACUAUACGAUAUGGGCGUUCUGAACACCAUGGCAAAACUCAGCGACGUUGACAACAAGCUUACCGUGUCUGCUUUCUGUCGUCGUCGACUGGCCGUAUAUAUGUGUAUGUCCAAAAUGGCAGAAACCGUCAGCGCUGCUGCCAAAUUCAUCGAGCAAGGCCACGUCCGUGUCGGACCCGACACAAUAACCGAUCCUGCAUUCCUAGUAACAAGACACAUGGAGGACUUUGUUACUUGGGUCGAUACGUCCAAACUGAAACGCACAAUAAUGACCUACAAUGAUGAGCUUGAUGAUUUCGACUUGCUAUAG